AAAUGAAAAAGAAAUAUGGAUAAAUACAUGAACUAAUCUUGUAUAGUAUUAUAUAUUGGAGUAUUAAGAAGAAGAAAAGGUUCUGUGUAUUUGAAAUCUUCAGCAUAAAUAUGCAAAUUAUGGGUUAUGUAUUUUAAUGGGAAGAUGAUUGUUUUAAUGUUAUUAAGUUAAGAGAAGUGAGAAAUUAAAAGCAGCAAAAGCAAUGCCGGGAAAAAUGGGAAGGAGAGAGAAAAUAAUGUUUUUGCUGAAGAAACAGAUGAUGAAUGUCAUGUUCAUGGAGAUGAGAGCCACCACUUCCUCUGUACUCUUCCUUUUUCUCCUUUUCAUUCUUAUUCUCUUUGUUCUUUAAUUCAUCACCUCAACGAAUCUCUGUCUUUUUUUUCUUUCAAGAUUCAAUUUUUCAUAAACCUAUUAUUGUUAUACUUGUGUUUUUCAUCUGGGGUUCUCUUAUUUCACACUGAAGUUCAAAAAGUUUCUUCCUUUUUAGGUGGGGUUGUUUAUUUAUCUCUAAAUAUUGCUCUCUGGGGUUUUGACAGGUUAAUCAGCUCACAAAUCUGUACUGAAAAAAGUUUCAAUUUUUAUACCCAAGAAAUCUCUAUACUUGUGUUUUCUUCAUCUGGGGUUCUCUUAUUUCACACUGAAGUUCCAAAAGUUUCUUCCUUUUUUAGGUGGGGUUGUUUAUUUAUCUCUAAAUAUUGCUCUCUGGGGUUUUGACAGGCUAAAUUAAUCAGCUCACAAAUCUGUAUUGUUAAAAAAGUUUCAAUUUUUAUACCCAAACAAUCUUUAUACUUGUGUUUCUUGAUCUGGGGUUCUCUUAAUUUCUCACUAAGUUCCAAAAGUUUCUUCCUUUUUUGGUGGGGUUUUUUAUUUAUCUCUAAAUAUUGUUAUCUGGGGUUUAGAGGAUUUAAUUGCAGAAUCUUAUAUGAGUCUUGUUCAGUAGUUAUUUGGGUGCUGAGCUCUGGAUCUGAUCUUGAUUUUAAUGAAAAAUUUGAUCUUGGGAUCAAAUCUUGAUGAUUCUGGGAUUGGUUGAGUUGGGUUUUUAGGGUUUGAGUCAACAGAUUGGUCAAAGGUUCAGUCUUUUUGUUGUCAUAAGUUUCAAGCUAUUUUGGUUGUAUAUAUCAAAAUUCAGUGUGAAAUAGAUUGUUGUAAUCUGUUCUCCCCUCAAGUAUAUUUAGUGAUUUCUGGGGGAAAAGCUUACUGCUUUUUGUGUCAUUUUUAAAGAAAAAAAACAUUAAAUAUAACCCUGAAUCCACCAUUUUUAUUGUGGAUUAUAGAUUCCAUUAUAUUUUGAUAGAGUUUCUUCUUUUAACAUCAAGAAAUCAGAUUACAAAAUUUCUUAGAUUAGGAGAAGAAGAGUUGUAGACAGGCUUAUCUGACUGAGGCGAAUUAUCGGUAUAUUUGGUGGGUGAUUUCUGGUCUAUGGGAGUACCUGAUAGUUCACUGCUGGAUUUGAUAGAGAAGGUUAGGACUUGGAUAUCGUGGGGUAUGAGUGAUCCAACUUUAUUGGCUGGCGGACGCGAUAUGGAUGUUAACAGUUGCAAAACCUGUUAUGAAUGCAAGAUGAAGUUUACUGAUUCUUGCCUCAAGUUCCAUUGCUUAAGAUGCAGUCGAGUAUUCUGCAAUGAUUGUGUGCGCAUUUUUGGCUCUUCGGAUGUUGUUGCUUCUGGAUCAGGAGAAUCAGAAACCUUGGUGAGGGCUGUGGUUGAUAUCAAGACUUGCAAAUUUUGUUCUGACUUGAGCAAUUGUCAUAAAAGCAUGAGGAAGUUUAGUGACAAAGUUUAUCCUUCUGAAUCUCCGAGAGAAAGCCCAGAACCGCCGUCACCAGAUUUUAGUAGUGACAGAUUUGAUGGUGAUUCUCCACAUGAUGCAAGUAAGAGUAGUUUUACAGCCUUUUCAAGUCAUCCAUCUUCAGUGUCUUUGCGUCACUCGCCUAGCAGGAGUGAUGAAGAUGAAGGAGGGGACUUCAUGGAUCAUUCUUUUAGCGCAUCAAGUGACUAUUGUCAUGAUACUUCUGAUAUAGAAUCAAGUAGUGUUAGUACUAGACAUGAAUUUUACCGUUUCAGAUCAGUUGGAUCUAGUCCUUCAAAAAGCCCCUCUAGGAUUCGUUUUAUUUCCAAUAGAGUUGGGCAUUCUGUACAGCACCAACAAGAGACCCCAAUGUCUCGGAAUGAUGGUCCCCUUGAUCAUGAAGCGUCAACUGUUUUAGGAAGGCUUGAGAAAGGAAAUGAGGAUCCAGAGACUGCUGACGACUGUGUUGACAAUUUGUCCAUUUACCAAGACCAGUUUGAGAAGCAGCAAAAACCAUUGGAUUUUGAAAACAAUGGUCGUCUAUGGUUUCCUCCUCCACCUGAUGAUGAAGAUGACGAGGCACAAAAUAAUUUCUUUACAUAUGAUGACGAGGAUGAUGAAAUUGGAGAGAGUUCUGCAGCAUUUUCUUCCAGUGGGAGCCUUGCCAGCAUUUUCCCUGCAAAGGAGAAACAGCAAGCGGAUCACAAGGAACCAUUACGAGCUGUUGUACACGGUCAUUUCAGGGCUCUUGUCUUGCAGCUAUUGCAAGGUGAAGGUAUAAAUUCAGGGAAGGAAGGCAGCACUGAUGACUGGAUUGACAUAGUUACAUCAAUAGCAUGGCAAGCUGCAAAUUAUGUGAAGCCAGAUACUAGUAAAGGAGGCAGCAUGGAUCCAGGUGAUUAUGUAAAGGUCAAGUGCAUAGCUUCAGGAAGCCAAAGUGAAAGCACCCUCGUUAAAGGAGUAGUUUGUACUAAGAAUAUCAAACACAAGCGCAUGACUUCACAGUACAAAAAUGCCCGAUUACUUAUUUUACGAGGAGCACUUGAGUACCAAAGAGCUGCCAAUCAGUUGGCAUCUUUUGACACCUUAUUGCAACAGGAAAAGGAGCACCUGAAGAUGAUCGUUUCAAGAAUAGAGGCUCACCAUCCUAAUGUGCUGCUUGUGGAGAAAAGCGUCUCUUCAUAUGCUCAGGAGCUUCUACUGGCAAAAGAGAUCUCUUUGGUGUUAAAUGUUAAGGGGCCACUGCUAGAGAGGAUAGCCAGGUGCACUGGUGCUCUUGUAACCCCAUCCAUUGAUAACAUAGCCACAACAAGAUUGGGACAUUGCGAACUCUUCCACUUAGAAAAAGUUUCUGAAGAGCAUGAACAUGCCAACCAGUUAAACAAGAAGCCAUCAAAAACUUUGAUGUUUUUUGAUGGUUGUCCUAGGCGUUUAGGUUGCACGGUCUUGCUAAGGGGCUCAUGUCGUGAAGAGCUGAAGAAGCUGAAGAAGGUCAUUCAGUAUGCUGUAUUUGCUGCAUAUCAUCUGUCUCUUGAGACAUCGUUCCUUGCUGAUGAGGGUGCUAGUCUACCUAAAGCGUCUGCAGCACUCGAGAGUACAUCUGCUGAUAAUGCUAUCUCAGCGAUUUCUCAUUCUGCUGUGGCUGCAAGAGCGCAGACAGUUGCAAAUGACCCACAUGUUCAACUAGGAUCUGCCAAUUGCAGUGUGAAGGUAGUUUUACCAGAGUCAUUGUUGGAGCAUCAUUACCCUCAAUGCGGCGAUCAAUCUAACCUAGAUGACUGUGGAGCAAGAGAUGUUCUCUCUACUGCAGGUCUUGAAAAUCUAGCACCGUUUCUUGCGCAUGAUACAAGAACUGUUGAUUUUGUUGAAAUCAAAGAUCAAACUGAUGAAGGAUCGCUAGAAACUUUAGGUCAAGAAGAGAGUCAGCCCGGAGAACUUGGGGAGCUGGCAAAGCUUGAAAAGUCAGAUGAAAACAAAGCCCCCAAUGAAUUCUAUUCAGCUGCUGACAGUCGUCAAAGCAUAUUAGUUUCCUUCUCUAGUCGAUGUGUUUUAAAUGGAAGUGUGUGUGAACGUUCUCGGCUCCUUCGCAUCAAGUUCUAUAGCUCUUUUGAUAAACCACUUGGGCGAUAUCUUCAGGAUGAUCUUUUUGGUCAGAUGUCUUCCUGUCAAUCAUGCAAGGAGCCAGCUGAGGCUCAUGUCAUCUGCUAUACACACCAACAGGGGAAUCUUACCAUAAAUGUUAGACGCCUUCCCUCGGUGAGUUCGCUUCCUGGUGAACGGGACAAAAAGAUUUGGAUGUGGCAUCGAUGUCUUAAGUGUGCACAAAUAGAGGGAGUUCCACCAGCGACUCGCAGAGUAAUAAUGUCAGAUGCUGCUUGGGGACUCUCGUUUGGGAAGUUCUUGGAACUUAGUUUUUCAAAUCAUGCAACUGCUAACCGUGUUGCUAGCUGUGGUCAUUCUCUGCAAAGAGACUGCCUCCGAUAUUAUGGGUGUGGAAGUAUGGUUGCGUUCUUCCGCUAUUCUCCUAUUGACAUUCUGUCAGUUCGUCUGCCCCCAUUAACUCUUGAAUUUAGUGGCUACACAGAACAAGAAUGGCUAAGGAAAGAAGCAGCUGAGUUACUAUGUAAAGCCAAAGCUUUGUACGCGGAAAUAUCAAGUGCCUUUCGCAGGAUUGAAGAGAAAAGUUCCUCUUUAGAAUGUGAGCUAUCAGAUACAACUCAGUUGAAUGACUGCAUCAUGGAGUUAAAGGAGCUGCUUAUGAAAGAAAAGAAUGAUUACUAUGACUUUCUUCAACCGGAUGAUGAAGAAACUUUUGACCCAAGGCAGGCUGCAAUAGACAUUCUUGAGCUGAAUCGCUUGAGGCACUCCCUCGUGAUUGCUUCGCAUGUUUGGGAUCGUCGGCUUUUGUCCGUGAAGUCUUUUCUUGAAAAGAGUUCUAGUUCAGUGGGUUCAGAGGAUUCUGGAUCUUGUAAUGAGCUGAUAGAUUGGAGGAGGGACAUGUUUCUGAAGAAUGACACUCUUGAACAUGUUUAUGAAGAAUCUGUGCCCGAGUUCUCAGACUUAGAAGAAUAUACCGAGAAAGCUUUGCAGUCCGAACAGGAGGAAACUCGCGUAUCACCUUAUGGUUCUGUUAAGAUCGAAAGCUCCAUGUUAACCUCAUCUGAGAGUGAGAGAACGCAGGAAAUGCAGAUGGAAGGAGAGAAUGUGGUUACUGAAACAUCCUUGGCACGAGCUCCUUCAGCUGCAUCAGCCCUUUCUGAUCAGAUAGAUUCUGCUUGGACUGGCACAGAUCGAUCUCCCAAAAAAGGUCAGUUGUUUCUGAUGCUACAAGGAGAAGGAUCUGAAGCUGCUUCUUUCAGACCACCAAGUCAACUUGAUUUCCCUCCUUUUAGAAAGCUACGGUCACCCGCAAGAGUUCACUCCUUUGACUCUGCUCUGAGACUUCAGGAAAGAAUCAGGAAGGGACUGCCGCCUUCUUCAUUACAUUUAUCAACAAUUAGGUCUUUUCAUGCUUCUGGUGACUACAGGAAUAUGAUCAGAGACCCUGUUUCCAGUGUUCAGAGAAGUUAUUCUCAGAUGUCACCUAGUGAAGCUCAUAAGUUUAAUCUUCUUAUGGGUUCAUCACCCUCGUUUAUUUCUUAUGCAUCUCUUAUACCUGACGGAGCUAGGUUGAUGGUUUCACAGGGAGAUGUUGUGGUAGCUGUUUAUGACAACGAACCUACUAGCAUAAUAUCUUAUGCACUUUGUUCUAAAGUGUAUAAUGAUUGCAUCACUGAUAAGUCAAGCGUGUCUGGACGGGGUUGGAACACAAGUGACAUCAAUAAGGAGGCUGGAGUGGCUCCUCGCCUCUCGGCAUGGCAGUCUUUUGGCUCCCUUGACAUGGAUUAUAUGCAUUAUGGUAGCUAUGGUUCUGAAGAUGCUUCCAGUACAAUUACUUCCCUAUUUGCAGAUUCAAAAAGUUCUCCUCACCUAAGGGUCUCUUUUGAUGACGAAUCUUCGAGUGCUGGGGGAAAGGUCAAAUUUUCUGUCACUUGUUACUUUGCAAAGCAGUUUGAUGCUCUUAGGAGGAAGUGCUGUCCUGAUGAACUGGAUUUUGUACGUUCCUUAAGCCGUUGCAAAAGAUGGAGUGCUCAAGGGGGAAAGAGCAAUGUUUAUUUUGCCAAGUCAUUGGAUGAAAGAUUCAUAAUAAAACAAGUUCAGAAAACUGAGUUGGACUCUUUUGAAGAAUUUGCACCAGAGUAUUUUAAAUAUAUAACAGAUUCUAUUAACUCACGGAGUCCAACUUGCCUUGCAAAAGUUCUCGGAAUAUUCCAGGUUUCGGUCAAACACUUGAAAGGCGGCAGGGAAACAAAAAUGGAUUUAAUUGUGAUGGAGAAUCUCUUUUUUGAAAGAAAGAUCUCGAGGGUCUAUGAUCUCAAGGGUUCUUUACGAUCUCGCUACAAUGCAGAUACAACUGGGGCAAACAAAGUGUUGCUAGAUAUGAAUCUUUUAGAAACAUUGCAUACCAAACCUAUAUUUCUUGGAAGCAAAGCAAAAAGAAGCCUGGAGCGAGCUGUUUGGAAUGAUACAUCCUUUUUGGCAUCUGUUGAUGUGAUGGACUACUCUUUGCUGGUUGGAGUUGACGAAGAGCGAAAGGAGUUAGUCUUGGGCAUCAUAGACUUCAUGAGACAAUAUACUUGGGACAAGCACUUAGAGACAUGGGUGAAGGCAUCCGGCAUACUUGGAGGACUGAAGAAUGAAUCCCCGACUAUUGUUUCUCCACUACAAUACAAGAAAAGAUUCAGAAAAGCGAUGACAACCUAUUUUCUCACGGUACCAGAUCAAUGGUCAUCUUGAAAAUCUUGAAUUUAUUAUAUUCUUUCUUUGAGCCUUCUGCCAAUAAGCAAACUUUCCUAAUUGCACAAAAUUGCAGAUGGAGGAAGGUUAGAUAUUUUUCAGUUGGUUCAUAUUUGUUUUGCCAUCUGGGGUUAAAAUUCCCCUUGGAAAAGUGUAUGAGAAGUAGGGACUGUCAUCUUUAUUAUGAAAUAUGGCAAAGUGUACAUUUGACCAUCUGUACAUUUAUACAAAGCCUCAUUGAGUAAAUGAAAUCAAAUGUAUCUUAUUGGAGUUGAGAA